AUGUCAGAUAUAAUCAAGGACCCUGAAACAGGUCCAAUUAAUGUUGAUAAUGUUUCAAUCAAAAGGAGAAGAUCUAAUUUUCAAAAGAUUAAGCAUACUUUUACUGCUUUAAGUGUUAUCAUUUUAUUAGGAUAUACAAUUUAUACCCACCAUUCUUCAAUUUUCAAAUCACUAUCUAGUAAUAACAAUAAUGAUAUUCCACCAAACCCUUAUUCAAAUGUUAAAGCAUUAAGACCAUCGACAAAUUCUGAAAAGUCUCAUUUCAUCUAUACAGAUCCAGAUUUUAGAAAUGCAUCAUUGAAGAAAUAUCAAGGAUGGGAACCUUUUUUAAAAUUACAUGAAUUUUUAGAAAAGACAUAUCCAUUAAUUCAUAAACAUCUUAAAGUGGAAAAAAUUAAUAAAUUAGGAUUGAUUGUUACUUUCCAAGGUUCAAAACCUGAAUUAGAACCAAUUUUAUUCACAGCUCAUCAAGAUGUUGUCCCUGUUGAUCAUGAAACUUUAGAUAAAUGGAAUUAUCCACCAUAUUCUGCACAUUUUGAUGGGAAAUUUGUAUGGGGUAGAGGUUCUGCAGAUACAAAGAAUUUAUUUAGUGGUAUUUUUGAAACUUUUGAAGAAUUAUUAAAAGAUGGUAUUCAACCUAAAAGAACUUUAAUCUUUGCAGGUGGAUACGAUGAAGAAGCUAUUGGAAGAUAUGAUGGUGCAAAAUCAUUACAAAAAUUUCUUGAAAAUAGAUAUGGUCAUAAAUCAUUUUAUGCACUUUUAGAUGAAGGUGGAGGAGUUUCAAAAGUUGGUGAAAAUUCAUGGAUUGCUUCACCUGGUAUUGCAGAAAAGGGUUAUUUAGAUAUUUAUAUUCAAUUGUUCACACCUGGUGGUCAUUCUUCAAUUCCUCCAGAUCAUACAUCUAUUGGUAUAAUUGGUGAUUUAACAGGGUUAAUUGAAAAUGAUCCAUAUCCAUCUGUAUUGACUGCUGAUAAUCCAAUACUGGACUUUUUAAGAACUUCAGCUGAAAUUUCAGGAGAUUUAGAUGAUGAUACUAAAAAUGAUUACAUUCGUGCUAAAUAUGAUUCAAAAGCUCGUGAACGUGUUUUGACAAAAUUAAUUCAUAAUAAAUCCAAGAAAUAUUUGGUUCGUACAUCUCAAUCAAUUGAUAUUGUUCAAGCAGGUGUUAAAAUUAAUGCAAUUCCUGAAGUUCUAACAUUAGGUAUCAAUCAUAGAAUUUCCUUAGAGAGAACAGCACAAGAAGUUAUUGAUAAUGUUAUUAAGAACGUUAAGAUUAUUGCUGAAAAACAUGGUUUAGGAGUUACUCUAGAAGAAGGUGAAACUACAAUUUUAGAUAAAACAGAAGCAGGUAGUUUUGAUGUUAGAUGGGUUCAAGCUUUAGAUCCUUCACCAAUUUCUAAAACAAAUGAUAAGACAUGGGAUAUUUUAUCAAGUUCUAUUAAACAUUCAUUUGAUGAUGUUAUUUUCAAAGAUCAAAAUCAAACUGUUGAAAUUGCACCAUAUUUAGUUGGUGGUUAUACUGAUGCUUCAAGAUAUUGGCCAUUAACUGAUCAUGUUUAUAGAUUUGCCGGAGCGGCUAGUAAUAGUGGUCCUUCCAAUGCUCAUGCUAUCAAUGAACAUAGUGAAUUUGAUACUCAUUUACAGAUCAUUGCAUUCUUAUAUGAUUAUAUCUUGAAUGUUAAUGAAUAUGAUAGUUAG